GCACCAGACAGUUCAAAAAGUGUGCAAUCGAAGGAGGGUCGGAAAGACGCCAAAGCAUAUGAUUUUGUUGUAUUAUGCUGCGGCUUUCUCUUAUUGAAUGACAAUGGGGAAACGUUUUGUUUGUUUAGAUACUUUGUUGUUUUUAUUGUUUCAGUGUUCACAAAUAAGUGCGUUUAAUUUGGACAUGGUCAAUCCUUUAGAGUACUCUGGCCCAGUUGACAGCUACUUUGGCUAUUCCGUGGAUUUCUUCUCACCGGAUAACCAGUUGAACCUCCUUAUUGGAGCCCCCAAAUCUAACUCGUCUUCAUCAGCUACAGUGGUGGAGCGUGGAGCCGUGUACAGCUGCCCUUGGCAAGAUGUAAGAAAGUGCCAACAGAUUGUAUUUGACAACACAGGUGAUCGCAGCACUGCUUCGGGGAAAGAGUUCAAGUCCCAUCAGUGGUUCGGUGCCACUGUACGUUCGGAUGGAGAACACAUACUGGCCUGUGCACCUCUCUAUCAGUGGUCCACCCCCAAGUUCUCGGACCGCGAACCUGUAGGAACCUGUUAUCUCAAGAAAGGGUUAAAGAUUGUGGAAUACUCGCCUUGUCGGACCAAUUCUCUUUCUCCUGUUGGUCAAGGAUUCUGUCAGGCUGGCUUCAGUGCAGACUUUGUGAAAAAUGAUAAGAGCAGAUUGGUGAUUGGAGGACCAGGUAGCUUCUACUGGCAAGGGCAGCUGAUCUCUGAUGACAUUGCAGAAGUCCUUAGCAGGGUCACCAACCAGUUUAUCACACCAUAUGGGAAUCAGCUCUCCACAGCAUCGUCUAGUCCAAACUAUGAUGACAGUUAUCUUGGAUAUUCUCUUGCAGUUGGUGAUUUCGAUAAUGAUGGACACGAUGACUACCUCACGGGGGUUCCCAGAGGAGAAAAAGUUGUUGGCUAUGUCACCAUAUUUAACGGGAAAACUAUGGAGUCCGAGGCAAACUUCACUGGAACACAGAUGGCAGCCUAUUUUGGCCAUGCUGUGGCAGCGGCUGAUGUUAAUAAUGAUGGACACUUGGACGUCUUUGCAGGUGCUCCUCUCUUUAUGAGCCGCGGCUCUGAUGGUAAAUUCAGAGAGCUUGGACAGGUGUCUGUAUAUCUGGGCCUCGCCGGGUUUUCUUUCCGGGAUCCAGUCCUCCUAACUGGCACUCAAGUGUAUGGCCGCUUUGGCAGCGCCAUUGCCUCACUUGGUGAUCUUGAUCAGGAUGGCUACAAUGACAUAGCCAUCUCUGUGCCAUACGGCGGUACUGAAGGGAAGGGGUUGGUGUAUGUGUAUAACGGACGAGACAGUGGCAUCGGUCGAGUGGCCUCUCAAGUUCUGCACGGCCAGUGGGCUUCCACAUCCUCCUUGUCGCCAAGUUUCGGCUACUCACUGAAAGGAGCAACUGACAUUGACAAAAAUGGCUACCCAGAUUUGAUAGUAGGAGCCUUUGGAGCUGAUAAAGCCAUUUUAUACAGAGCUCGCCCUGUCGUUAUCACAAACAUAACUUUGGACAUCAUUCCUCAAACCCUAAACUUAGAGGACAAGAAAUGCAAAAUUCCUGGUACAACUACAUCUACCACCUGUUUCAAGGUCAAGUACUGUCUUCAGGCUAAUGGCAAGGGUAUAAAGCUGCCUUCUUCAUUCAAGGUGCAGGUUGAUCUGCAGCUUGAUCGGCUCAAACACAGCGGGGGAAAGAGAGCCAUGUUUGUCCUCAACAAAGCCUCGCAACGAAUAGUCAACAUUACUGUGCCCAACACCAACCAGCCUACCUGUCAGGAACUGGAUGCCUUUGUCAUUGAUGAUUCAGAGUUCCGGGAUAAAAUCACGCCCAUCUCAGUCUUCCUGGAUUACCAGCUGGAUUACGGCACGGCGGCAGACUUGACAGGUCUUCAGCCUGUUCUUAACCAGCUCAGCCCAGGGAAUGCAUCCAGACAGGCUCAUUUUCUACUGGACUGUGGACCUGAUAACAUUUGUAAACCAGACCUACAGCUCAUUGUGAAAAGUGACCAGGAGCAGAUGUAUAUAGGUGAUGAGAGCCCUCUUACUCUUGAUGUCACAGCACAGAACAAUGGGGAGGGAGCGUAUGAAACAGAGCUUUAUGUCUACAUGCCCCCGCAUGCAGACUUUAUUGGCGCAGACAAAAAGGAGGGCCAGCCUCGUCUGUCGUGUGCCUACAGACGUGAGAACCAGACCAGGGAGGUAGUGUGUGACCUCGGCAACCCCAUGAAAGCAGGAACUUCUCUGUCAACUAGCCUGAGAUUUAGUGUCCACCAGCUGUCUGAUGAGGACACUGAAGUAAAGUUUGACCUGCAGAUCCACAGCUCCAAUAAGUUCAAUGGCAACAGUGCCUUGGUUUCCAGUAUCACCAAGCUGGCUGUGUUGGCUAGGAUGGAGAUGCACAGUGCAUCGGCACCCAAUCAAAUCCUUCUUCCCAUUGCAAACUGGGAGCCUAAAGACCCACCAGUAACAGAAGAUGACAUUGGUCCAGGGGUACAACUCAUAUAUGAGCUGCGGAACAAUGGCCCAAGUGUGAUCAGUAAGGCUACGAUGGAUGUCCUUUGGCCCUCUACAUUUAACAAUGACAGCUUGCUCUACAUCACAACGUACGAACACGAAGGGCCCAUACAGUGCCGCACAGACACCCCAGUCAACUCUCUGAACCUCACAAGUCCUGUUGUGCAGACUAACUACACAGACCUAGAGAGUGGAGACAGCAGGGUAGAGACACGGACGCGGACUCGCCGUGAUGUCGGAGACAAAUCAGAUCUGACCAAAGCAGAAGCCGACCGGGUGACUUUGGAUUGUAACAGAGCAACGUGUUCACUAAUAAAAUGUGAAGUGGGUCGUCUGGAGAGAGGGAAGAGUGUCAUUGUGUUCAUUAAAUCACGACUCGCUGUGACCACCUUCCUCAAGACAGAAAAUCAAAAUCGGUCGUACACUAUUAUUUCUUCUGCCUCCUUCAAUGUCACAGAGAUGCCAUAUAAAAAUCUGGUGGCUAAGCUACCACACAACUCAACCACUAUAAGCACUCUUGUGGAUUCAGCGACAACUGGUACGCAACUGCCUGUACCCACAUGGAUAAUCGCAGUGGCUGUCCUGGCAGGACUUCUCCUCCUGGUUCUUCUCAUCUUAAUCAUGUACAAGUGUGGAUUCUUCAAACGAAGUCGCCCCCCGCAGGAGGACAAUGAGAAAGAGCAGCUCCAACCAGAGGCAGAGGCCAGUCCCGAGGCCUGAGUAGUGUGUGUGGCAUAGCAGCAGUGUUUGUGUUUUUGUCUUGAAGUAACACCUGGUGACCAGUAGGGUGACUUACGAGCACAGCUUAUACUACUGUUACUGUAACAUCUGGUACUUCAAAUUUAAAGUUGCUGUUGAAAUGUAAAUAUAAGCGUCAUUUGUUUUUAAAACUCCUACGACUGAGGAGUUACCAUUUCAGCCUCUGAUACUGAAGAAAAUCAACUUGAUACUCUGUAAAAUCUUUUCCAAAUGAAUGGUUAUGCGUUUAUGCAUUUCUCACCAUCAUUACAUCAGGUUUAAAAAUGUAAGUUCAUAAUAGAUUGUAUUUUUUGAUAAAGAAAUGUCCUUUUGUUUCACAUUUGAAGCACAUUGGAAGCCAAAGUUGGAACAUUAUUGUAUUGCAAGUACAAGCUUAAGCACUAGUUUUAAGCAGCUUAAGCACUAGUUUUAAGCAGCUUAAGCACUAGUUUUAAGCAGCUUAAGCACUAGUUUUAAGCAGCUUAAGCACUAGUUUUAAGCAGCUUAAGCACUAGUUUUAAUGGAGUUUCGCAGAGUUUCCCAUGCCAUUAUCAUGGAAUCAUACAGCACAUACACGUAGGGCUUAAAGCAGUGAACCACUAUUUCUGUGCCUGACGUAAUCAUAACCAUCAAAGCCGUAAUAUAUACAUUUUCAAAUCCUAAAUGGUCUGGCCUAUGCAUGAAUUCAGACACAGUGCCUGAGAAUGUAAAGACCUACAUACAUACAGCACCUUGUAACUUUAUUUUUUCACUAUAGGGCAUGUCAUUCUUUCCACUGUAGAUUAGCAUUAUUUCUGCUUUCCAGAUGUGUUAUUUGUUUUUUGUUGUGUGUGAACCCAUUUUUUCAUGGGGAGCAUUUUCAGAUGUGCACCUUACUAUUUAGGCCUAUCCAAACAGUUCAGAUGAAGCUUCUUAACAUUCCCAUGUUUUGCUUUCCAAAACAAUUCAGCUAUUUACACGUCAUAGAUUGAGGCUGUCAUAUAUGUCUGGAAUCAGCAAGUGCAUACUACUGAAACUGAAACACUGUAACACAAACUGUGCAAUAUUAUUUAUGCAUUUAUAACCACUGUAGAAAAUAGAA